AUGAUGGGGAACAAGACAAGCCGCCAGAAGCGCAACGGCCACGGCAAGCGCCACUUGACCGACUCCAAUCUUCAACAUGUCAACGUGUCAGACACGGGAAGGAUGCCCUCAGACAGUCGUGUGAAGCUUGCAGCCUCGGAACGGUGCAGCGCAAUGCGCCAUGGCAUACAACCAGUUGACAGGCGAAGAAGAGAAGUAGGAUUACAAGGGGCCAAUCGGGGGAAACCACUUCAGCCAAAAAGACUUGACAAGAAAGAACGAGUCAUCGGCGGGGUGGUGUCUCCUGAUUGGCCCCUUGCCGCGGGAGACUACGCUGGGCCAAGCGCCAACCGCUCGGCACGAGGUCGGAUCGGACACGAGGAACGUACCGGGGAGCGACAUCGAAUUGUGACAAUCACGUCUCUGAACUCUAGGCGAACCUUCCCAAACCUCGAUCUACCGCAUUCCAUUUCCUGCUUGCGACCUGCCCUGACACCUGGCGCCCCGACCGAAGCGGUCCCGCGAUAUCGAGAGCUUCGAGAAGCCACACGUGUGACCCGCGCACGGCAGCGGAACGAGACGAUGGCCGUCGAAACAGAUCAGAAUGCCUCUGCGCACAUCGGAGAGGCCGUAGUUGCCUUUGCGCUCGAGGGGCGCUUCCCCGACGAGCAGAUGUCAUCGCUGUCGCUGUCCUCUUCGGAUUUGUCGCCUGCGAUUGAUGCGCUGGAGCGGGCCAAGGGUGAUUUGGAGUCUGAAAUCCACACGAUCAACGAAGAGACCAAGGGCGACGUCAGCUCGUGGGUGCACAAUGCGAAAACACUACAGGAAGACAUCUUGCGAUCCAAGAGGCUGGCCGACGAUAUUGUCCGACAAUCGGAAGCGCCGCAGGUUUCGGGAAAGGCUAUACAAGAUGCGGAGGACCACAUUCAGUUUCUUGAGAAGGAGGUGCUAUACACGAACCAGCUGCACGAUGCCCUCAGGGGUAUCCAGCAUGUCAACGAGCUUUUGGGGGAGGUCGAGCAGGCGAUGAACGAGCGGCGCAUCAUCGAUUCGCUCCGGUGGCUGGAGAAAUCUUGGACAGAGCUCGAUGCCGUCCCAGUCAACAAGAAGGCAUGCCGGAUCAUGAGGCUCCUUGACGUAAGGGCUUUCGAGCUAAAGUCACAUGUUCACGACGUCUUCGACCACGUCUGGGCAUCGCUUGUUCACACGGAUCUCGAAGCCGGCUCCCUGGCAAUCUACAACAAGUUGGAUGACGAGCAAAUGACGCUAUCGGAAGCCAUCAUUGGUCUCCAGGCCUACAAAGAGGUUGAAGACCGCAUGUCCAAGCUGUGGCACGAUGUCGACAAGGCCAUUGUGUUUCCGCGCAUGGACACGCAAGCUUCAUCGCUGCCUUCCAUCCGCGAGACUGAGAACGUUGUGGGAUUGAAUGGUCAAGCUGGCAGAUCAAUCGACGAGCUAUUCACGGAUCUCCAAAAGGUGGUUGAGUUCCUGGCCAAGAGACUGACACCGGACCUCCUCAUGUUCUUCAGCCCCAUCAUGAUGAGCGACCUGGUCCCGAGGCUCAUCUCAGUCUGGCUCGACUCAGAAGUGCCCUCAAAUCUCAAGGAUCUCGGGAGGUUCCAGGCUGUCAUCGAAUCUGCACGGCGCUUUUGCGAGGUCCUUGAAGACAACGGAUUCACUGGGUUUACGGAGCUCAAGGAAUGGGUUGGCAGUGCGCCGUCAAUAUGGCUUGCAAAGUGCAGAGAAACAGCCCUUGAUUCGGUCAGGGUGCAAAUGUCAAACGGUCUCGGCGCCACAAAGCAAGUCGAAAAGGUGGAAAAGCAAAUGGUGUCUCGGUCCGAAGGCAAGGAGUUGACGGCGAACGGUGUAGCCGGUACCGUCGCAGAAGAUGACUGGGGCGCGGAAUGGGGAGUCGACGAUGACGAGGAACCGGAAGCCAAAGGCGACACACAAGAGGAAGACGACGGUGCUGAUGCCUGGGGAUGGAACGAUGAGGAGCAAACUACAGAGACCGCCCAAGAGGAGACGGUGCAGGUUGAGGAAAAGACGGCAGACGAUGAGGACGACGCAGCCGACGCGUGGGGUUGGGGGGAUGAUGAUGCGACAGAGCCAACGGAGCCAGAACCGAAGCCUCAAGCAGCAAAGACGCCGACGAAGAAACACAAGACGGUAUCUGCUGAGCCAGAUGAGAGCAGGGAGAUGGUUCUCAAGGAGACGUACCACAUCUCCUCCAUGCCGGAGCCGGUGCUGGAGCUUAUACUGGCCCUCCUCGAAGACGGCGCGGCUCUGACACAGCCCGAGUAUGUUGCGAGCUCAUGUCAACACGGUGAUCCUUCUAACAUUGAUAGGUACGAAAACAGUCCAGUGGCAGCCGCCGCGCCGGGCCUCUUCAGUUUGCCGACAUUCGCAUUAGCCAUGUUUCGAGCAGUGUCGCCGCACUACUACUCACUCGACAUUGGCGGGAACAUGUUCCUCUACAACGAUGCCAUGUAUUUGUCUGAGAAGCUGGCUGAUUUGGCAUCAACGUGGAAGUCACGCGGGGAUCUCACCACACGCGCCCAGAACAUGCUGCGCAUAGACAACGACAUCAAGAGCCUGCAGAACUUUGCGACGCGCGCAUACACUAACGAGCUGGGGUUGCAGAAAACGGUGCUGCGAGAUCUGCUAGGAGGCGAUCAAAGUCUCAUGCAGCAGGAUGAACUGGACAGUUGCGUGGACUCGGCACUAGCGCGGGUCAGAUCCAUGGCGGUGACAUGGGAAUCGAUUCUCGCACGCUCGGUGUGGUACCAGGCUGUGGGGUCGCUCCUGGAUGGGCUGUCGUCCAAGAUUAUCGGGGAUGUCAUGGACGCGUCGUCCAUCGGACAGGACGACGCGUACGGGAUCGCGAAGCUCAUUGCAAAGGUCACGGAGCUCGACGACCUCUUUCUGCCGUCGCGGACCACAAGUGCGAGCACGGGGGCGGCGGCAGCAGACGAAAUCCCGACAACGGCGCAGUACGCGGCCACGUGGCUCCGUCUCAAAUACCUGAGCGAGGUGCUCCAGUCCAACCUCAAUGAGGUCAAGUACCUCUGGUGCGACAGCGAGCUCAGCCUGUACUUUUCGGCGGACGAGGUCGUGGACCUCAUUGAGGCUAGCUUCGACGCUAACCCGCGGAUGAGGGAGACCAUCCGGGCGAUUCGGGAGACCCCCAGCCCCGUGCACGGCUAA